AAAAUUAUAAAAAGAAGUUACUUAUGUGUAUUAGACAUAAUUUGUUUUGCAAAAAUGUACACGCAAAAGCGCAUACAAAUCUCGUAAUUAUUAUUUAUGUGUUUGUAUUGAUUUGCGCACGUGUGCGUUGAUAAACAUAUAGAUUUGUUGUACGUGGACAUCAGUAAUAUACAUAUUUACAAAUACAUACAUAUCAGUAGAUGUAUGUAUGUAUGUAUGUGUCUGCAAAAAAUUGAUCUAAUACAGAAAAUUCCGACAGAAUGAAAACUUCUGACGAGAAGACGAAUCUUUCACUUUAAGGAACAACAACAAUAACAAUAAAAAAGAAUCCAACCAAUACCACCGUUAUCAAUACGAACCAAAGAACAUGACCGAAUAAUUCCAACAAUAAUAAGAAGAAUAACUACAGCAACAUAAAGCAACCGAAACAUUUACAAUAACAAAAGUAACUGUAGCAGUAGCGACAGCAACAGCAACAGCAACAACUCACCACCAUCAACCCACCCUUGUUGCAUUCGCAUUUACUCAUAAUCACAGCAAACUCACCUCCAGCGCCACUUUGCCAGUCAACGUCUUUUGCUUGAACGCUUACAACAACACAGACACACAGACACACACACAAACACACAAACACACAGCCCAAGACUAGUAACCGCCUGCCCUCACUCGACCCUCUUGCGGCGUUACGUGAUAUAGCCGAAGGGAUAUAGCGCACAUCCUCCGUGUAUGCCAACAAACAAACAGUUAACGUUUGUAGUAGAGCUACCCAGGCGAACCGAAUAGACAAACCGGCACUCGAAAUCGGAAGCUCACCUACACACAGUAGCGCGCACACAUACUCAUAAGUCGCGCUCUCUCUUAGUCUUUCUGGCGUUCGAGUGUUCUGGCACUCUCCAACAACAACAACAACAAACAAACAAUUUUAACAAAUUCUGAAUUCUAGUGCAGUCGCAACAAAAAUAAACAAACAAAUUGUGGGAAAGCAUUUUUGAGCGACAAACGGUAAACAAACAGAGGAAAACAGCCGUAAAAGAAGAAAGCCGAAAAAGCAGAGCAGGCGAUAGGAAGCAUCCGGCGAAGGUGGGCUGUAGCGUAGGAGGAAGGAACUGUUAUUACGACAACUAUUUCACAUUUUACUCUAGCGGUGUGUACGGUUAUCGCAUGUCCUAGUAAAGAACGUUGUUGCUAGUGUUGUUGGACACAUUUCCGCUUUGUUACUAAAACAAUAAGCCAAAGGAUAUGAAGGAUGUACUACUACUGUUGAUGAUGAUGCUGAUGAGGAUGCGAUGGCGGCUGCAGAAUUCGCAAAGGAUAAGUUCUUUGGUGACGAAAUCCGUCCAUUGAUGUCAACACAUACAGGAAAUAGACUAAAAUGUUAAAGUCAAUAAUUACAUAGAAAUAAGAAUACGAAAAAGCUAUUUUAAGUUACAUCGAUCACAUACAUAUAUAUAAAUAUAUUUAUAAAACCCGGACACGAUGUUCGGAUCGAAAUUGCGUUCAUGGAUGGAAAACCACAUCGGGCGACCGCGAAAGAAGGGUGCCAAAAAUAAAACAGGAAGCAGCAGCACUGUCAGUGCCGCCAAUGCCGCAGGCUGCAGUCAUGAGGCGUAUCAGCAUUACACAAGCAAUAACAAGAAGAUUUCCAGCACCAAUGCAAACGCCAUAUAUUCGCUUCAUCACGCGCACAGCAAUGGCGCGUCCUCUACGUCAACAUCAAUCACUGCCAACAACUCGUCCGCGACUUCGGCGCCAACAAUGACAACGGUAAUAGCGCCCGGCACGAUGUCCUCAUUCGGUGCUAAUCAUCACAAUGGUACAGGUGGAGGAGUUGGUGGCUGUGGCAGUGGAAGUGGUAGCGGCUGUGGCAGUGUUAUUUCGAGUCCAGUCAGACGUCGUGAAGUCUCGCCUAUUCAAGGCCAUACACAGAGCCGUUACGGUUGGCAGUCACCGGAUCAGGAAGCAAUCACGUCACCAAAAUCGGACAAUUUCCUAUAUGCACCACAACAUCGCGUACGCAGUCAGUCGCAUCACUCUAGUCAUCAACAUAAUCAGCAGCAGCAGCAACAACAGUUGCAGCAGCAUCCUUAUACGGCACCAAAUAGUAAGGAUAAUUCUAGUGAGGAGCGUUCAAUGCAAACAAAGCCAUAUGCAAAAUCAUAUAGUCAGCCUAUGCCGUUGGCACAGCAGCAGCAGCAGCAACAGCAGACACAGCUACAACAUAGUGCACUUCAGCAACAACAACAACCGCAUCCCGCCGAUUGCUCCUCAUCAUCGAUCUCGUCCUUGUCAUGGUCCACCGGUUCCAAAGAACCUUCAAUGAACUCAAGCACCAAUCACAAUAGCAACAAUAACAACACUAACCAAAUCAGUGGCAACAAUAACAAAUUGCUUUCAAAGUCUUUACCAACAGCCGAACAACAAAAUGCCAGUACCACCGAUUUGCGCCACUACGUGGAAGAGGAUCCAAAUACCGUUCAUUACGAGGAGAUACGCACCAUUCUACGUCAUCCCGAGCAUUGUAGUUCCACUUACAACAAUAACAACACGAAUCCAUUUCUAAUGCAUGAACGUCCCAAAUCAGAGCAACUCACUUCAUUCACGCCCAUACGUUCUCUUUACGCCGAUCGACGCUCACAGGAUGACGCAUCUACACGCUACGGACGUCUCUUGCCAUCGAAGAUACAGAGCUGCAGCAAUUCGAGUGACAGUUUGAAUGCAAACGGCUCGGUUAAGUACGUGAGAAGUGGCAGCGCUGAGUAUAUAUCUCAACAGUAUCAGUAUUCUGGUAUGGGUUUGAUGAGUACGAAUUCGGGUGAAUUUGUGGUAAAUCACCAGGUGGGCCAAGCUGGCGGAUUGGGAGGAGUGCACUGUCAACGAGCCCGCUUGCGUGGCGGACGUUUUGGUAAUGGUCAUGCUGCUUUGAAUGGUGCGCAGCAGCAAGUAGCUGGUGUAGUGGGAGCACCGCUGCAUAGUCUCUCCUCGCCGGAGAGUGCUUACUCUACUGGCUACUCCACCGAUGGUACUUCGCCAGGCGCCAUUUACACGCCACCUGAGUACUACAUUAAUAUGCGUACAGGCACACAUUAUUUUCCGAAGAGCGUCAACUCACUGGCUAUUGAGGCACAGCGUUACAAGUUUGGUCUGAAUAAAAUUGAAGAAAUGUCUCCCAUCGAUCCAAUGCCAAAGACAUCAUUUGCCAAUGCCUCCGGUCUGUACAAACGCGCCGAUUCGUAUGAUAUGGGCCAAGGCUGCAGUAACAACAACGGCAUGCAUCACGAGCCUUUCAUUCCACUGGAUACCUCACAUAAUGUUAAGCAUCCAGACAACAUUGGACGACACAGCCCUUUAGCCUUGCGUAAUGCCAUUGUUAUACCCACCUUGAAGGGUUUUGAAUCACCCUCCCCAAGGCAACGUUGCCGUAUUCGCACGAAUCCUUGGUAUCUCACAUCGGAGGCAAACACACAAACUACAGGUAACGUAAGCGUACAGAAUGUGCUUACAUUUUUGCCACCACCACCACCAACCCAGCCUCCGCCAACGGCGAUGUCUACAACAUCUGACACGUCGACGAUUUCCUCGUCAGCACACUCAACGAUGACGCCUGAGGCGUUAAGCACGCCAAUGCGGCACCACAAGCAUAGUAAGAUGGUGACGAGUGGAAGUUCGGAUGGAGGGCGUAGGGACCAUGAUGCCGUAAGCACAUCAUCUUCAGGCAAGAGAUCUAGUAAUGCACCAACAGAUGGACGUCGGGUAGUGCAACACAUCCAACAGACAAGUGACAUGCACAAUGGCGGUAUGGCGGUUACUGGAUAUGAGUCGACAGAGAGCUCUUCGUCCUUGACUGAAGUGGAGAAUAUGCAAAGGACUUACACACCGAACACUGUGCGCCGGAAACGCGCCGAACAAUUGCAAGUUAAGGUUGCACAGCCGUUGGCUGCGGCUCUAGCGGGUGUAUGCGUUAUAGGUGGGGAGCGUGCUGGUAGGAAUAGAGAGCCGGCACUUAGUGACGAUGAUGCCACACUGAACGAGAUGAUGGGUAAAUUCGACGAGAGUUAUGUUUAUGAGAAGGAGACUGAUAUACUGAGCAGUGAUUCUGACCCAACAGAUUGCCCUUCGGAGUUGGACACUGGACAGGAUGCAGGAGAUGAGUGCGACACUGAUGAGCUGCUUGACAUAGAUUUCAUUGAUACCUCAUCCAUGCAAGAGGUUUCGGAGCGAAAGGAUUCCGACUGCAAUUUGGGCAGCUGUUAUUACUACAGUCCAAAGCGAGAAUCAGUGCGACGGAACAGUGAGACCCGCGUUUCUGUACGCUCGCGGCGAAAUUCGCGAAAUGCGAAACAAGAGGCUGGUAAUGGCGUAUCAGCUCCUGGAAGUUGUUCGCAACGUCGACGUAAGCGUUUUUUGAAAACACGCAAGAAGAGUGCGGAAAAUCGCACGGAACAAUCGCAAUCUCCGCACAAGCCACGCAAAUCGCGCAGUGUAGGCGGCACGCCAGUGUGCGUACGUAGGCAAAGACAUAUCACAGCUGUAAAUAGAAUAUACGAGACUUCACCACUCGCCCAUCGAUCCAGCUCACUGGUGUUUACGGACGUGCGUGACACAAAGCGGUUUAUGACUAUCGCUGAGAGUGAGCGGGCUUUGUUGAAAGCAGACUUAGAGGCUGAUGUUAAAUACAGGCAACUCAUACAAGAAGCUGAGUCGAUUUUGGUCUCCAUGAAAAAUAGUAUGCAAAGUAUUCCCCGCGACACACCUGUUUCUAGUCCACGUCGAGUCAAUCCGCUCGCCAAUAAACGCGUAGAAAUGCUGAAGAACUGUGAGGCCGAUACACGACGCGAGCAGUUGAAACAAGCUCAACAACGUUCUUUGGAUGCCAUGCAAUCCGAGAAGCAACAGAGGCAGCAACAACAAGACCUGGCUGCUGCCAUUAAUCGUCGUAUAGAUUUACUGAGACAUGCGCCGGCUUCUGCACCGAACAGCCCACGUUUCAGUCGUUGCAGUCCACGCAAAACCCACUUAACAAAUUUCAUCAAUCAGAAUGUGCCACCCGAGGUGCCGCCACGCAAAGCACUAGAUACCACGAAACCACCGCAGUCGCCACAGUUGCAAUUGAAUGGUCGAUGCAUGCGACAGAGUCCAACUGGCACCCCAUUGCAGGAGCGUCGUUUCCGUAGUCAAUCACCAGUGUCGCGACACAAGUUCAGUGGAUUCUUGCAACGAACUCAAAAUUUCGAUAGUGAUUCUGAAUCGGAAACCCAAAACGAGUGUGACGGUGGUGAAUUGAGUAGAGAUGAUUGUAGCGCCGCAGUCGUGGAUGCAGUAAAUCACAACUAUUUGCCAGAGUUUGCGCGACUUUCACGCUACGAUGAAGCAGAUCUGAGCAAUCACAAUGUGGCUAACUCGAAGGUGAAAUCAGGAAAAUCAGUGGAAGACUGGCAGGCGAGAAUGUUACAUGCAUGUCCGCAGAGUGAGCCGCUCAAGAGGAAAGUUUACAGCGGCAGCUCAACAUUUGAACGCAUUAAGAAGAGUUUCGAUUUAGAAGCGGAAAUACCUAAACAAGCAAUGUUGGCUAAGAUACAUAGUUUGCGGCGUCGCGAGCGGCAAAACUCCAAUCCACGUCUGAAUAGCCGAAGCCAGGACUUGAAUCAGGCCUGCGGCGAUUACUUGAAUGGCGAUAAUGACUACUCUGCCGCUAACACUCAUGAGACUCAUAAAAAGCAAAUGAUUCUCAGCACAAUUGCGGAUUUGAAACGCAAUCUCGAAUCGCAGAGCGUCGAGUUGAAUGGCCUAAAUGAGGACUAAAACCUUGAGAUGCAUAAGUAAAGGAUAAAAUAAGUAAUAAGAUAAAAUAAAAGCCUGACAAUGACCCUCCAAGAUUUUUUUCGACUUCUAUGGAGUACCUUUUGUGGUGAAUUUUUUUUUCAAAUUUCUACAGAUAACACCAUUGACUAUCCAUCUCAAUUGUUUGCAUCAUAAAAUUUUAUUUGUAUGCUACAGAUUUUUAACCUCGGCGGCAAAAUAUUCGUUCAAAAGAAUCACCAUUACAAACUAACAGUUUAUAUGAUAUUGAAAAUGUAUUCGCCUUCUCUUUUGUGACUCGGGCGAUGCUCAAAAGAGCGCAGAAAGUGUUCGUCCCAAGCUGACUUGAUUGCGCUUUGUGUUGACAGUGGAAGAUAAUAUCCGAAAAUCAACGGGAACAAUGUGCUUUUGUUACUAGCGUUCUAAAGAGUUCAAAAGAUUUUAUCGCUCAUUCCAACUUCCUAUGACAAACAAUGCCACUGAUGCCAGAUAGAGACUGUCAGUCAAUCUGAUGAUAUCGGUGAUCUGAUCAGAAAAUCAGUUUGAAAGCAUUGUAAUGUCUAAUACCUGCUUUUUAAAUGAGGUUUAGAAGAGGAUCUGGGUUAUUAAGAAGAAUGAAAUAAAGUAGAGACUCACCUUAAAUUCUAUGAUCAUUAGCGCCCCAAAUGGUGUGUUAAGAAUUUGCAUCAACUCCAACAAGCAUGGAAAACUUAGUAUGGCACGUCUGUCACAGUCAUGCGGAAAUAUCGAAGGUAGAUUUAAGUUGCUCUUCUCCUUAAAUUUUGUGCCGAUGCAUGCUGAGUUUACGUCAUAUUAUUGGAAAGGAAAAAAUAGCCAAUGGUCUGUCUGAUAAGAGUACAUAUAUACUCUGGUCUUACCCUUAAUUGGAGCUGAUAGUGCCCGGUAGGCAUCAGAGUGGAAAGCACUGGUCAUGUUACCUACUAUUCAAGGCCAUUUCGUAAAAGAGGAGCAAGAGAAGAGCAGGCGCUUUUCUUUACAAUCUGCACCAUCCUGAGAGACCAACAAGCCAAUUUCUUCUUUUUCAACUGCUUCAGAGAUGGUUUUGACUGCUGCGUAUUGCAUAAAUAAUUUGCUUUUAUUUGUAUUCGUGAGUUUAAGCAGAUUUUUUUCAGUGCUUUCAGAAACAUACAAUAUUACCUAAUUUUUGGAUAAACGAAAUCCUUAAUUCUGAAAAGUUAAAAAAGAAAUUAUGAGUAAUUUAAAAAAAAACAGUAAGACAUGUUGAUUCGUUGAAAGGCAAGAUUAAUGACCCGACCGGGUUGUCACAGCUAAGGCAGUAAUUAUAUUUUUGGGAACA